AAGUCGGAGCCAUUACUGCAGGUCCCGCAGAGCUCGGCGGUCAAGAUGGUGGGCACCGCGCCUGGCAGAUAAGGGUGUGACUUUACCGAGGAUCAGACAGCAGAGUUCAAGGAGGCCUUCCAGCUGUUUGACAGAACAGGCGAUGGCAAGAUCCUGUACAGCCAGUGUGGGGAUGUGAUGAGGGCCCUGGGCCAGAACCCCACCAAUGCCGAGGUGCUCAAGGUCCUGGGGAACCCCAAGAGCGAUGAGAUGAAUGUGAAGGUACUGGACUUUGAGCACUUUCUGCCCAUGCUGCAGACUGUGGCCAAGAACAAGGACCAGGGAACCUACGAGGAUUAUGUUGAAGGCCUUCGGGUGUUUGACAAGGAAGGGAAUGGCACUGUCAUGGGUGCUGAAAUCCGUCACGUCCUAGUCACACUGGGGGAGAAGAUGACCGAGGAGGAAGUGGAAAUGCUGGUAGCAGGGCAUGAGGACAGCAAUGGUUGUAUCAACUAUGAAGGGUCGUGGGUGCUGGUGUGUGGGACCUCUCACCAGUUGAGCAGUCUUGCUUUAGGGUGGUCCUGUGGCCCUGGAGCAUGGAGAGUUGCAUAUGGGGAGGGCUGCCUACCUCAUUUUGCUGCUGUAGCUGAACGCCCCCUGACCCCUUGCUGGGCAGCUUGGAGAGCUUGUCCGGAUGGUGCUGAAUGGCUGAAGACAUUCCCAGUAUCCCGAGCCCGUGCCUUGCCCUGUGUGAGAUUUGUAUAUGGCCCCAAAGGCUUCCUAAGUUCCCUGGUUACAGCACCUUUCCUGUCUGGUUUCUUGGAUGACGUUUGCCAUUGGCAUUCACCAAAUAAACUUGCUCUUUGCCCCUACUUGGUUCUGCUUUCCUUCCUCAGCAGGUGAAGGGGAGGAAAGGGU